GCGGGGUCCAGCGGAAGUAUUUGUAUCGGUUGACAUUCAGCUCUGCACAAAAACAGAAGUCGAUGAGCAAGAGAUUUAUUGUUUUAUCAGGUGGAGGGAGGAGACCACCCAGCGGGGAAUAAGUGUCAAAGGCUAAAGAACUUGGAAAUCCAUACCAUAAUAUUUCUGGAGGGCCGGAUCAAGAGUCAAAUCUGCGAGAGGAAGUGUGUCAGCAAUUGGCCGAAGAGGAGAGGAGAGGUAUGAGGAAGGGAAGCAGACUUGGAUUGGGACCAGCCAUGGUUGCGGGCCUUGCGCGGAGGAGGAUGUUGCUGUUACGGCGGUGUAUCUAGGUGGUUCAAGGUCAACCAACUGUCGCCCGCAAUGAGGUUCAAGGUUGUGAUGAUGAGAAUUGCCGGGUUGGGCGAAGUUGAUUAGUCAUCAGCGCCAGGGUACCAGGCGCAAAGUCAACUCGGAUUGCAGAGGCGGUUUGAACAAUCAACUUUCAGUGUUUCAUGCUGUGGAAUCUAUGUGUUGAGUAUAACUAAGACGCAUUUUUCCUUUCUCGCGCGAACUUAACAUCCCUCGGUGGAAUAAGACCAUAGAGCUAGGAAUCCUCGAAUGUGGUUUGCUCUGCCAAGAUGGCGACCGGUUUAGAUAGUGGUGUGAAGAUUACAGUCUACUGGUUGGAAAAGUCCCGCGCGCAACGCAUCAUCUGGCUUCUAGAAGAGCUAGGUUUAUCAUAUCAGAUAAAACUAUUCAAACGGGACAAGGACAUGCUGGCUGCGCCCGAGCUGAAGGAAAUCCACCCUCUAGGGAAAUCUCCAGUCAUAUCGGUCGAGAAGGCUCCGAAUCCGCCAGUGAUUCUGGCCGAAUCUGCUACUAUCGUCGAGUAUCUAGUCGACCAUUUUGGCCCGCAUUUAAUUCCUCAGCGAUAUAUUGAUGGGAAGGAAGGUCAAGUAGGGGGUGAGACAGAAUCAUGGCGGCGUGAUCGGUACUUCAUGCACUAUGCCGAAGGGUCUCUGAUGGGCCUAUUGAUGAGAAUACUCAUUGUCGAAGGAAUUCGAGAUGCGCCCGUGCCUUUCUUCAUCAGACCGGUAACAAAAAUGAUAGCUUCUCAACUACAUUCGGCUUUAGUAAAAUCAGACCUAGCGACGAACCUCAGCUUCCUAGAAGACCAACUCAAAUCAUCGCCAGGGAAGGGUCUAUUCCUCUGCGGAGACAUCGUCACGGGUUCGGACAUUUUGAUGAGCUUCCCGCUGGAGGCAGGGGUUCUGCGAGGCUUGAUCAACAAGGAACAACACCCUUACCUCACGGAGUAUGUGAGUCGGAUCCAGGAGAGGGAAGCUCACAAAAGGGGAAUCGCGAAGAUUGUUGAGCUGCAAGGGAGCUAUGAGUUGAUCCCAUGAAAUGAGCCCAACGAGACAUUACAAGACAUUAUGUGAAAUACUUCUCUCCGCUUCCUACCUGUUCUCUAUAUAUUAUUAGUAUGCUUCUGAUUUCCUCGUCAUCCGCUUGUGCAUGGAAUAUAAUUGUAAGCUCGAUACCUAGUAUAUCUGUGGCAGUAAGUUUUAUAAAAUGGGCCCAACAUGAGUAACUUCGGAGUUGUAACUUGGAUAUGGUUUACAUCAGCUAAUAUAUAUGUGCAUAACCCGGGACUACGGGACUCCUGUGGAAGCUUCAGAGGCAAAGAUGAAUGCCUGACUCUAAUUUUAUUACACGAAGAAUUUACCGAGUGAGUGACCGAGAUGUUUACUUUUAUUUUACUUUUAUUUUAAUUUCAACCGGCAGAGCAGAGAGGAAUUGACAUCACGUCCAAUUGAAAAUGAAUGAUUGUGAUGAUCCCGCCGUUUUAUCUGGUAGUUAAACUAUCAAAGAGUCAAGCGCUGGAUGUUUGAAUUCGGAGGGACAAAUCUUGAAACCUGAUGUUUCCGUACAGAACCUCCCAUCUCUCCUGUUGAUAUUAUCACCCUUAUUUUGGCACAGGCAUUUGAGCCCUUUUUUCUUUUCCUCUCCCUUACUUUUCCGCCCCCGCUCCACAGUCAGUGAUCGCUAACUGUUGGCCGUUACGGCCGUUGCGGUUAGCGAUCCCAUUAGAUCACGUGACCCACAACUAUAUUAUGUUCUUGUAGAUAGAUCUAUCAAUACAACCUUCAACUAUUCUACAGAUUAUAGCCUGAAU